AUGACGCGCUUGAUCUCCUUGACGACCUCUUUGGUGCUACUCGCCACUGUCUUGCUCAGCACCGAAGCCCGAGGCAAAGGUCAGCCUCACCACCAGCACCUCGCAGCUCGAAAGGCUGACGAUGCAUUCAACAAGCAGUACCUGCAACAGAACUACCAAAAUGGAGAUGCAGCUCCAGGUGCCAAGGAUGGAGAUAGUCCCGGUCAGACGGUCAUUAUCAAUGGCAACGGCGGCAGGGACAAGAACAGUCAACGUCCAGAGUGCCCAACCGUCUUUAUCGGCACUGCCAACGUCAAUGGCUCGCCUACAGCCGGCUGGCAAGGUCUUCCUCAAAUUGUUGGGUUCGACUUGGAUCGCAAGCUGAACGUCGGAGGUGGUGUGCAGCCCGUAUACAUUGAGUCGAACAAAGACUUCAAGAAGGCAAAGCGUGUCGUUCUGGUUCAGCCCGGUCUGCCUCGCGAUUCGUGGAGGUACGUCAAGCGAGCUCGGCCUUUCGAUCGCCCCUUCUUUGCGCUGCUGACCUCAUCUCCGUGCCUGCGUAUAGCUACGUCAACAUCAUGCGAAACAGCUUGCUCUGCGCCGUUUCGAGAGCAGACAUGGACGUAACGCUGCAAGACGUCAUCGUAGCCGCGCCUGCUUGGUUGUCGGAAGACGACAAGAAUGCAGGAGCCGCUCAGGAUGGCGACAUCUACUUCUCCAGCGGUGGGUGGGCUGUCGGCAGCCAAAGCAAAGGACCUGGAUCUACCUCGGUCUCCAGCAUGGAAGUCUUGGACCGAGUGAUCGACAGGUUCUUUAGCAGCGAAUUUCCCAAUGUCGCUUCCGUGAGUUUCUGAGGCAGAACACGUCCGCGUGACAAAUUGGGCGGCUCCGCCCAGGGCAGCUCGGCCCGCAAAUGCGUGCGGUAAAUGUCUUGCACCGACGCUGAACUUCACUCAACCUCAUCUCCUCGUUUGGCGCCAGGUCAUCGUUGCCGGACACUCGCUCGGAGCAUCUCUGACGCAAAGAUAUGCUGUGCUUCGUAGGUAUCGUACUGUUCCUUCACCACCCGCGAUGAUGGGCUGACUUGAAUGACUCGCUCUACCAGGCCGACCUAGUGCGCAAGACACUUCAGUGUCGUACUGGAUCGGAAACCCAGGUAAGCCAUGAUCUCGGCCACAAGGGUGUCGCGCAAGCACACGUACUCAUGGCCGCUAUCUCCGAUUUCUGCAGGCUCGUACGUCUGGCCCGUCGACAGCACCCCUAUACAGGCGGCAGCAGGCUGUACUGGCGUGCAGGACUGGUCCUAUUCCAUCGACAAUGGAGUCCCAGCUUACCGCUCUGCUGACGCUAAGAAGAACAAGGACGGUGUCCUGCAGCAGUACUUCUCGCGCAAGGUGCAAUACGCAUUGGGACUCACAGAUCAGGAGGGAGGCGACACUCACUGCGAGGCUGCGACGCAGGGAAGCAGCCAUUUGCAAAGAGGCCAGAAUCUUGAGAAGGCGCUUGAUGGUCUUCCGGGUGGCAAGCCCCAGUCCCACACGUUCAAUUACGUCGCUGACACUGCGCACGAGUGAGUGUAUGUGCGCGGAAGGAGUUGCAGGAUGCGCGCUCACCUCUAAUUACUUGCCUCUUUUAAGGGAUUACCUGAUGAUGACGGCACCUGAGAGUCAGAAGUUCCUCUUUGUGGAAGGGCUGAGUGCGCAGAGAGCACAGAACGUGAGCGACUCUAGUAGUAGCAGCGGUUCCUCUUCCUCCUCCACCACCACCUCUUCCUCCGGCUCUUCCGGAGACUCUUCUGGCGGUGGAAGCGGCACUGGCUCCUCUGGCUCUCUCCCUACUAUCCUCGCCAAGCCCCUCAUUGCAGUUACGCUUGGUUGCCUCGCUCUGA